UGUUCUACUUCACGCGGUUUGAUCUGAUAAAUAAAAUAUACAGUUUAAUCUAAAGGAGACGGAAUGGCGACCGCUAUUUAUUUGGAACAUUAUCUUGACAGCAUCGAAAAUUUGCCAUGUGAACUCCAGAGAAACUUCACCCUAAUGCGAGAGCUCGAUGACAGGACAGAAGAAAAGAAGGUAGAGAUUGAUAAACUUGCAGAAGAGUACAUCAGUAAUGUGCGGAACCUGGCGUCUGAACAGAGAGUGGAGCACCUACAGAAGAUUCAGAAUGCUUACAGCAAAUGUAAAGAAUACAGCGAUGACAAAGUGCAGCUUGCCAUGCAGACAUACGAAAUGGUCGACAAGCACAUCAGAAGGCUGGAUGCAGACCUGGCACGCUUCGAGAACGAGCUAAAAGAGAAGCUGGAUGUCAGUGGCUAUGAAAGUCCAGAUAGCAGAGCACUGAAAAAAGGAGGUGGCAGAGGGCUCAAGGAAAAACGAGCAUCUAAAGGCAGAGGGAGAAAGUCAGACGAAGACUCGCCAAAAAAGAAGAAGAUGAAAAACAGCCCUGAAUUCUCAGAAUCCAUGUUGCCUGUGCAUCCGUCAGAUGUUUUGGACAUGCCAGUGGAUCCCAAUGAGCCCACAUACUGUUUGUGCCACCAGGUCUCAUAUGGAGAAAUGAUUGGAUGUGACAACCCUGAUUGUCCCAUCGAGUGGUUUCACUUUGCCUGUGUGGAUCUUACAACAAAACCUAAAGGGAAGUGGUUUUGUCCGCGGUGCACCCAGGAUCGGAAGAAAAAAUAAGAUGUUUUUUAAUAUAUUACUUUUAUAUAUGUAUAAGUAUGCCUAUAUGUGUAUUUUGUCUAUGUGGUAAAAUAGGAUUUUAUGUACAGUAUAUAAAUAUAUAUAUCACUUUCUAUAUAAGUAUGAUGAAGAAAAAGAGGGCCUUUAUUUUUUGAUGUACUUGAAAUGUGUCCAUUUGUUUAUUCAGGAGUUGAAUACUGUGCUGAAGGUAAUUCUAUAUGUAUUCUAUGACAGAAUAUAAAAUAUACACAUGUGUAUAAAUAUAGCAGAGUAGGAUUUCUGGCUUUAUGAACUCUAAGCACCAAAACUAUUCUUGUUGUACUUUUAUUUUACAUGUUUAUACGCGUUUGUUAUUUCUGCCUUACAUAUUUAUGUCAAAGAAUUUACUUUUAAAAUGAACGCUUGUACAUGUGUGCACUUGUCCUGCUGGCUGUAUAUUUUAAAGGGAAAAUGUUAUUUGAUUUGCAUCUGAACUGGAAAGUGUUUCCAUCUCACUGUCCAGAGGAACAGGAGCUCAUUACAUGGAGAUGCAACCUGGCAUUGUGUAAACUUUUGUGUCUGUUUCUCUGUGUAUAUUUUGUAAUUACACUUUAGAAAUGUUUCCACUACCAGCUUUCAUGCACUUUCAUUAAAAAUGAUUCAUUAUUUAAAA